AUGGCCAUCUUUGGCAAGAAAAAGUCCGACAAGGACAAGGACAAGGAUAAGCAGUCCGGCUCCCAGAUCCAGUCCCAAUCCUCCAAUCCUCCCAAUGGCGACAGUAUUUCAUCCAUGUCCCCCGCCAUGGAAGCAUCCGCAAAGCAGAACCAACAGACACCACAGCAAUACCAACAACAGCAACAACAGCAGUCGCCAUACGCUCGAGAGGUAUCCGGCAUUCCCACACCAGGUGGCUCUCACAUUCCCAACAAGGGUUCCAUAUCAGGUCAGAUUGCAGGCGGCCCCGUCGGUAGCGGCUUCGCUCCAGGUCAGCAAGGCCCCUCUGGUAUUCCUGGUCCCGCUCCUGGUCCUCUUGGCGCUGCAUCGGGCUUUCGUUUUGGUGGACCAGCACCACGUCCCGAUGGCAUGGGCUCCGGCAUCCCCGCUCCUGGUCAGAGCUCCCUACGCUCUCGUAAGGUGAGCGAGCAGGGCGUUCCGAUGAUGGGCGGGCCUGCUCCUGGCUCCAACUUUGGCAUGGGAUCGGUCGGCAGUCCGUCCAGCGGCAACGUCUCUGGUCUGCCGCCCGUCUCGUCUGGACCCGAUGCUGGACCUCCUCUCUCCAGUUCCAAUGCGCCUGGCCAGCCUGCCGGAGAGAAAGGUCGACCUCAACAGGUCGUCUACCCUUGGAGCCAACGUGGUCUCGUCAUGAACCCACCCAAGUUCCUCGACGAGACACGCCAGGCUCCUCCUGGUGCCCUCAGCCCUUUCCCAUUCCCUCGCUACGGGCACGCCGUCAACCAGGCUGCCAGCACCACCGGCGAGCUCUACCUCUUCGGUGGUCUCGUGCGUGAGAGUGUCAAGAACGACCUCUACACCAUCUACGUCGACAAGCUCGUCUCGCAAGCCCCCAACUCGCCGCCGGGCACCACUCCAGCUUCGGUCAACGCCAACCAGAUCUACGCCAGCGCAACACUCGUCCAGACCACAGGCGAGAUUCCACCUCCUCGUGUCGGCCAUGCCACUGUGCUUGUCUCCAACGUCCUCAUCCUCUGGGGCGGUGACACCAAAGUGCGCGCCGAUGACAAGCAAGACGAGGGACUGUACCUCCUCAACCUCAGCACACGCGAAUGGACCCGCGUCAAAGCCGGCGACGGUCCCGAGACGUGUCCCGUUGGUCGUUAUGGCCACAGCGUAGCCAUUAUCGGCUCGCGCUUCUUUGUCUUUGGCGGCCAAGUGGACGGUACCUUUAUGAACGACCUCUGGAGCUUCGACCUCAACAGCCUCAAAGGCACUCCCACCUGGGAAUGCCUCAAGUCCAAUGGCGACGUGCCGCCCAGGCGUACGGGUCACGCCAGCGUCACCUACAAGGACAAGAUAUACGUCUUUGGUGGAACCGAUGGCCAGUACCACUACAACGACACGUGGUGCUACGACAUUGCCGCCAGCACCUGGAAGGAGCUCUCGUGCAUCGGCUACAUUCCCGUCCCUCGUGAAGGCCACGCCGCCUGUCUCGUCGACGAUGUCAUGUACAUCUUUGGUGGUCGUGGCGUCGAUGGCAAGGAUCUCGGCGACCUUGCCAGUUUCAAAAUCACCAACCAGCGCUGGUACAUGUUUGCCAACAUGGGUCCCUCGCCAAGCGGUCGAUCUGGCCACGCCAUGUCCACCUUCCAGAACAAGGUGGUGGUGCUGGGAGGUGAGAGCUUCACGGGUGCAAAGCCUGACGAUCCGGCUACCUUGCACGUCCUCGACACGGCCAAGAUCAAGUACCCAACCGACAAUAACGCUUCGCAGAUCAAAAGUCCGGCCGCCUCGCAGCCGCCCAAGUCCAACAUCGUCCCGCCUGCAGCUGGUGCAGCAGGUGCCGCCGGAGCUGCGGCCGCGGCUGCUGGUGCAGGCUCGCAGAUCCCAGGUCCUAACGGAACUGUGCGGAGUGCCAUGUCUCCAGUCGUCGAGGCAGAUGAGCGCCAGAGGAAUAUCUCACCGACGAUGCGCAACGCUUCGAGACCCAUGCAAGGCAGCGUGCCCACUUCGCCAGACCGCAACGUCCAGACGUUCGCACAGCAGCAACAGAUGGCUUCCGUGCCAGACGUCGGUCCGACACAAGGGCAGCCGCAGUCCCAGACGCCACAGCAGCUCGCCAACCAGGCCCCUGCGCAGCUGUCCUACCAGCAACCUCAGCCUGCCAGCAACGUCAACGGUGCCUCUGCCUUUGGCGCGACGAGCCCUCCCUCAAGCGUCCAGCAGCACCAGGCGCAGCUUCCGCCGCAGGUCCAACCACAGACGCAAAGCCAGCCUCAUCCAUAUGCUCAGCAAGUUGGUGCAGGUGCAGGUGCAGGUGCUGGUCCGACUCCCUACGGCGGCCCGCGUAGUCAGCGCUCGAUCGAAAACAUCCGCGGUGUUGGCGCCGUUUCGCCCACGAACAUGAACUCGAUGCGAAGCAUCAACGGUGUGGUGAGCAAGAUGGACUCGCCCGCCAACGCACCUCAAGAUGCCUUCCACUAUGGUCGUGCCACCAGCCCGCCCGGCCCCAACGGAUUCAUCUCGCCGCAGCAGGUAUCAUCCGAGCUCGAUGCAUUGCGAAAGCGUGAAGCUUGGUACAAGGCUUCGCUCGCCCUGGCCGUCAAGAAGGGCUUUGUGGAGCCAGAUCAGCUCAACGCUGGCGACGUGACCAUAACUGACGCGCAGAGCAUCACCUCUGAGCGAUUGAGUCUCGAUGGGAUCGAUACCGGUGCCGAGGGUAGCGACAAGGACCGCGUUCUCAAGACGCUCAUCUCCCUCAAGGCGCAGCUUGCCAGCGCUAAGGCCACCAUCGCGCAGCAAGCCCAGGGCGAAGCGGAUCGCCACGCCGAGUCGGACCGAGCUCGCUCGGCUGCCCUCCAGGAGGCUGCCUACUACCGUGCCAAGCUGUCGGCGAUUGAGUCUGGCAACGGUGAUGAGGUGACGCGCCUCGACCGAGAGCGUGCCAACAAGCUGGAGAAGUCCCUCGCCGAUGCCCUCCGGGAGAGUGCUCAACUGGAACGCCAGGUCUCUUCGCUGCGUGAGCAGGCCAAGCUGGAGCAGCAACUGCGCAACUCGGCCGAGGAGAGGCUGUCCGAGACGGCCAAGCGAGCCAUGGCAGCGGAAGCGGCGCAGAUGAAGGCGUACGACGAGCUGUCGAUGCUGCAGAAGCGCAGCUAUGCUAGCGAGAGCGCACUACGCGAGCACACGGAGCAGGUGACGACGCUCUCGUCGCUGGCAGCGCGCCACCGAGCCGACCACGAGCAUGCGCAGACGCAACUGGAAGCGGCCAAGUCGAACGUCGCGGCGCACCUGGCAGCCCUGACACAGUUGCAAGUCGCCCACUCUGCCAUCACAUCCAGAGCUGGCGAGUACGAGCGCCUGCAUAGCGAUCAGCGCACCUUGCUCUCGCAGCAUCAGCAGACCAUUGCUGAUCUCAGGGUCCAACUCGAAGCCAAGUCGAACGAGGCCUCCAGUCACGCAUCGCGAGCUGCCGAGCUCGAGACGCUCGUCACGCAGCAUCGACAGGAGGCGGACGCGCAUCGCAUGGCUGCCACUAGUGGUCUUGCGGCGCUCCUCGCGAACAAGGACCAGUCGUCUACGCGCGACUUGGGCGCUUCCGGUGCGGUUCCUGCUCACGUCGAGGACAAGAUGCGGGCGCUGGAGGACGAGGCCGAGUCGCUGCGACAGCUGCACGCCGAGGCGCGCCAGAUGGCGGACGAGCACUCGAGCUCGCUGCAAGAGAUGCAAGACCGUCACCUCACCAUGGAGAAGCAGCACACCAGCCUUCGUUCCGAGCUCACCGCGCUUCGCAGUCAGCUUGCUGUGGCUUUGCAAGAAGCUGCGCGACUCAGGGACAGUGCCAGCUCCAAGGAGCUCGAGCUGCGCGACCGCAACCGUGCCAUCGAGGCUGCGCAGGUCAAGUCGAGCCUGCUGAAGCAAUUCAUGGCGGAGCGUGGCGUGAGCGUGCCCAAUGACGACGAGCUGAGCGUCAAGUCGGGCUACGCGGACCGCCGUAUCCGCGAGCUCGAAGAGGAGAUCGAUGCGCGUGGGCGAGAGGUGCAAGAGGCAGAGCACCGUCUGCAGGACUCGGAGAGCCGUGUCGAAGAGCUGACGCGCGAACUCGAACACCACGCCUCGCUCACUGCUAGCCGCGGUACUGCCGACAGCACCAGCGUCGCCGAGGCGAAUCGACGCGCUCUGCUCGCUGAGCGUGAGCUGUCAGAGACGACGGCUUCGUACAAGGAGAGGAUGGCGCAGCUGGAGAACGACUACCAGACGGCGGUGCAGUUUGUCAAGGGCACCGAAAAGAUGCUGCGCAGGAUGAAGGACGAGCUGACCAAGUACAAGACGGAGAAUGCCAGCUUGCACAAGGAAGUGGCUCAGCUUCGCGCUCACACGGGUGGCCGAACAAGCCACGACGAAGGGACACGCUCCGAAGAAGCCGCGCGCGACAUCGAGGCGCUUCGAACUCACCUCGCUGCUGUGACGCAGCAGAGCGAGGAGAUUGCCGCCGAGAAUCGCGAGCUGGAGCGAAAGUUGGCACAGCUCGUCGCUGAACAGCAGCAGCACCGUGGCUCGCUGGAGCGCAGUCGAGACACGGGCGCUGGCUCCGUCGACGGCGCUCACUCGUCUCGCAAGGUCAACGAGCUGGAGAGCGAGGUGGCUCGACUGCAGCACAGUCUGGAAGAAUCGCGCAAGGAAGUCAACAAGACGCUGGAACUCAACGAGCAGCUCCAGAAGCAGAUCAGCUCGAGUCCCACACCCCAGGGCCACGAGGCUGACUCUGCCGCGCUCAACCGUUCGCUCACCGCCGCGCAGACGAGCAACGAGCAGCUGAAGCGCGACAAUGCCAACCUGACCCAACGGCUGGCGGAGCUGGAUGACAAAUUCCAGCUGCUCCUCGGACGCAUCGAGUCAACCCACGAGGACGGUGGGCGAAGGGACAGCAUCAUGUACGGCAGCAUUACGAGCGAGCUGGACAAGUGGGAGCACGAUCGCUCUCUGGGCGGAACCGACGCGUACGGCCAACACGCAGGCCAAACGCUCCAGCCAGCAGCACCGCUAUCGAGCGCCGAGGCCUAUGCUCAAAAGGCGGAGCACUGA